CCCCGCCCGUCGCUCUACGCAUGCGCGUUGUUUUUAGCACUCCUUCUAGGACAGAAGCCGUCUCCUCCGUUCCGUGGCUGCCUGGUUCGCGUUGACUGACCAGAGUCCGCGAAUCAGUUCCCCCAGUUUUCACAAAAAGAAAAAGCAAAACCAGAAUGUCUCUACACCAGUUCUUGCUUGAACCUAUCAGCUGCCAUGCAUGGAAUAAAGAUCGCACCCAAAUUGCAAUAAGCCCCAAUAACCAUGAGGUGCAUAUCUACAAACAAAACGGUAACCAGUGGGUGAAGGUUCAUGAACUGAAGGAGCACAAUGGACACAUUACAGGCAUUGAUUGGGCUCCAAAAAGUGAUCGCAUAGUGACCUGUGGAGCUGAUCGCAAUGCGUAUGUGUGGAGCCAGAAGGAUGGACUAUGGAAGCCCACACUUGUCAUCCUGCGUAUAAAUCGUGCAGCAACCUUUGUCAAGUGGUCUCCUUUGGAGAAUAAGUUUGCAGUGGGUAGCGGAGCAAGACUCAUAUCUGUGUGUUACUUUGAGUCUGAAAAUGACUGGUGGGUGAGCAAACACAUCAAGAAGCCGAUUCGUUCCACUGUACUUAGUCUGGACUGGCACCCCAAUAAUGUUCUGCUAGCAGCAGGGUCCUGUGACUUUAAAACCAGGGUGUUUUCUGCAUACAUUAAAGAAGUUGAUGAGAAGCCAGCCAGUACGCCUUGGGGUUCCAAGAUGCCUUUUGGGCAGCUAAUGUCCGAGUUUGGAGGAGCUGGCAGUGGUGGCUGGGUUCAUAGUGUCAGCUUUUCUGCUAGUGGAAAUCGCUUGGCCUGGGUCAGUCAUGACAGCAUUGUGUCCGUGGUGGAUGCAUCAAAAAACAUGAGUUUAUCACAAUUGAAGACUGAAUUCCUGCCUCUUCUCAGUGUCAUUUUUGUAUCUGAGAACAGUGUGAUCGCAGCUGGGCAUGAUUGCUGUCCUAUGCUUUUUACCUACGAUGACCACGGCUCAUUAACUUUUGUUUCGAAACUGGACAUUCCAAAGCAGAGCACCCAGCGUAAUAUUUCUGCCAUGGAGCGCUUUAGAAACAUGGACAAGAGAGCAACUACAGAGGAUCGCAACACUGCAUUGGACACUCUACACCAGAACAGCAUUACCCAAGUGUCUAUAUAUGAUGGAGAUAAAUCUGACUGUCGCAAGUUCUGCACUACAGGCAUUGACGGUGCAAUGACUAUUUGGGACUUUAAGACCCUGGAAUCUUACAUCCAAGGCCUGCGGAUCAUGUAAUAAAAGAAUUAUAUUUACUAGCAAGAAAAAUGAACAGACAUCAGAAGCUCAAGACUGAGAAUUGUGCUGUGAAUCUUCAGUGAUCCAUUGGCCCAUCCAACAGUGAAAACCAUUUAUAUAAGGGCCAUAUAAAUUCAGAUUGUCUGGUCUCUUUCUUUUUGAAGCGCAGUGUAUUUCAUUCUACAGUUGAAACCUAUUGUUUAGCAAUCAUGUGAGCUAAUUGAUGCAAAUUAAAAUCAGAUAUGUUCUUGUCAGAAA